AUGCAAAUAUUCAUAGGAAAGAUCCCGAAUCACGUCAACGAAGAACAAAUCAAGGAAUAUUUUGGACAGUUUGGGGAGGUUACGGAUGUAAGCUUGAAAGGGACAUAUGGGUUUCUUAACUUUGAUUCUGAGAGCAGCAUUGCAAGGGUCCUGAAUCAAAGGUCUCAUACGAUCGAUGGAGCACCGAUAUCUGUGGAAAGGGCCAAUGGACGAAAAAGGCCUCUUGAUGGAGAGUAUCAUGAUAGAUACAUGGAUAUGGGAAGAGGGGGAUACUCCCCUCACAGGGGGGAUUACAGGGGAUUUCGAAAUGCACCUUAUCCUCCAAUGAGAUAUGAUGGCAGGUCUCCAGGAAGAUAUGAUCCAAGAUUUGGUGAUCGAUAUGGAGGGAGAUCUCCGGAGUACCGUGGCGAUCAUCAGAGAAGUAGGGAUUUCUGUGAGUACUGUAACUCGUGCCCUAUUCACGGGAUGAGAGAUAUGAUGGAUCCAAGAAAAAGAGUUCAUGCAUCCAGAGAUCAUCCAAAUAACCAUCUGAAAGUGGUUUUUGAGAAUAUAGCCCCGAAUACAACCAUCGAUGACUUCAAGAACUUUGUACAUGACCAUGGGUUUGAACCUUCUUAUGCAAGACUUGGAUAUAGUGGGAAUCAUGCGGUUCUUGAGUUCAAGAAUAUUGAAGACAAAGAUAAUGUUAUGAAGAAGCUUGACGGUGCUGAAUUCAACGGGCAUGUCCUCAAGACAAGGUCUUAUCUCUCAAAGGAUGAGUAUAAGAGUAGGGAAAGAGAGAGUUAUAUGAGAAAUGACCAGCAGCCAAAUGAAAACAAUUCGAUGGAGCCGCAAGAGGCUGGCACCGAUAUUUAUGAAGGGAUUGAGGAUGCAAAGGCAGAAAACGAUUAA